UUGGCAGCUGCCGACUCCGUCCUCCACCGGGUCGACCCUUUGGAUCUCUCGACCCUGCCCGACGCCGUGCUGCAGCGAACUCGCCAGGCCUUCGGUCCUGAUGCCACUCCGGAAUCUGCCGUUUUGCAGAUGCUACGCGACGUGCGAUCCGACGGCGAUUCGGCAAUUCGCCGAUACGCCCUGCUGUUGGAUGGCGCUGAACUGGACUCCUUCCAGAUUCCUCAACAUGAAAUCGACGCCGCCUGGGAAUCCACGCCACAGGACCUGAAAAACGCGCUGGAACUGGCGGCGAAGCGGAUUACCGAAUUCCAUCGGGCCACGUUGCCGCGAGACUGGGUGGACCUCCAGGGCGGACUCGGCGAGUUGGUGCGCCCACUGGAACGAGUGGGACUGUACGCCCCCGGCGGUACGGCCGCUUACCCUUCCACCGUGCUGAUGACGGCGAUCCCGGCGCGGGUUGCCGGAGUGCGCGAAGUGUUGCUGACCACACCGCGUCUGGGCAACGCCCCCCUGAACCCCACGGUUCUGGCGGCGGCGCGCAUCGCUGGCGUGGACGCUGUUUUCCAGGUCGGCGGCGUGCCGGCCAUUGGAGCGUUCGCUUACGGCACCGAGAGUAUUCCCAAGGUGGACAAGAUUUGCGGUCCGGGCAACGUGUUCGUCGCUCACGCCAAGCGGAUGGUUCAGGGCCACGUUGACAUCGACGGCGUGUUCGGCCCUACCGAAACCGUCGUGGUGGCCGACUCUUUCGCCAACCCGAUCUUCUGCGCCGCCGAUCUCAUCGCCCAGGCCGAACACGACCCGAUGGCCACCGCAAUCCUGGUUACCGACUCCGAAUCACUGGUACGCGCGGUGGAGUCGGAGCUGGACGCUCAAAUUUCCACCAACCCGCGUGCUGAUACCAUCCGUCAUUCUCUCAAAGCUCAGGGGCAGGUUGUCCUCGUGGACAGUUUUACAGAGGCCAUCGAGGUCGCCAACCGGCUGGCGCCCGAGCAUCUCUGCCUCAUGGUGGCCGAUCCCUGGGCUUGGGCUGGCAGCGUCCGCAAUGCUGGCGGACUGUUUCUGGGAGAGUACUCGCCGGAAGUCAUGGGCGAUUACAUCGCGGGGCCAUCUCAUGUCAUGCCCACCGGUGGCACGGCGCGUUUCAGCUCAGCUUUGAGCGUUCAUCAUUUCGUACGCACCAUGCCCGUGGUAGGAUUGAGCCCCGAACACUUCCGCGACCUGGGUGGCGCCGCCGUGCGCAUCGCCGAGGCGGAGGGUUUGCCGGGCCACGCCGGCGCGGUACAGGCCAGGCUGGAUCAUCUGGCCGCGCCCCGGGCUAAAUAA